AUGACGUACUUUUGUUUUUCGAUAAAAAAAUAUAAAGAGUUAGAAGAAAUAACGCAACGAGCGUGUCUUCAUCUUGGCGAUGGUACUAUUAUGUUAAAACCUGGUUUACGUUUAGAUUUCGAUCGUUUCAUGCGUGCCUUACAUGCCACAAACAAUCAAAAUUGUAAUCAGGAAACUACAGCUAAUUUAAAUGAUGCAUUUUUUUCUUUUUUUAAAAAAUUGAUAAAAUCGUUUCACUUCGGUGAAAAUGAUGACACAAAAAACAGUCAUUCUUUUCUUCUAGUUUUUAUUGAAAAUAUUUUCAGCAAUCUUUCAAAAAAUAACAAUAAUUAUCGUUAUAGCGAACAUGUGCAACUCUUUGCUCAAUCAUUGCACAUCUUCGAUGGACGAAACGCCUAUGAAUUCGUUCGACUCAAUCUACUCGGUGCCAUUCCUGAUUUAUCCACAUUGGAUGAUAGUCUUGGAAAGACGGGCACAUGCAUUGAAGAAGGUAUUUUUCGAUAUAAUAUACUGCAAAAUCAUCAGAAAUCAGUUGGCUAUGAUAUAGCCGUUUGUUCUGAAGAUGCAACUGCAGUCAUUAAAAGAGUAUCAUAUAAUUCUACAACUAAUACGUUCAGUGGAUUUCCGAUCUCAUUGAAACAUGGUAUUCCUUGUUCUCGUCAAUUUCAAACUGAUUCAUUUGAUGAAUUAAAAAGUUGCUUCGAAAAUAAAGAUAAAACGCAUUAUCUUAAUGUUCAUAUGGUGAAGCCACUCAUAGCCUCUAAUCCAUAUUCUUCAUCGCCGCUUCUACUAGCUGCUUAUGGAAUCAACAAUAAUUUUAAAGCCAUUGAUGUUCUCAAUCGAUGGAUAUGGAUGUUCAAAAAUGCUAGACAGUCCAAUGUUCGGAUAGUUGCCUUCGCAACUGAUUGUGAUCCUAGAUACUUGCUUGCGAUGCGUCUUGCUACAGGUUUUUUUUGGAAGAAUUAA